GCUGAAAACUGACAAGGCCUCCUAAGAUCAUGGGGGACGAGAUUGGUGAAGUUGAUGUCUGUCGGCCUUAGAAAAUGGGCUCUGCUGUUGGCCUUGUCGCUUCAGCUGGAUCUUUAAGAAGGGAGGAGGGGAAGGGUGUGUGUUCAGAGUGUUCAUGUGUAUCUGGAGGGGGUUAUGGCUUAUCCUGUAAGUGUUCAAGAUACUGCUGUUCCCAUCUGCGAGCCCCCUACUUUUCUAGUGACAUGGCGCUCCUCAACCUAUUGCAUGAAUUGCUCUGGGGAAGACCAAAUUGCCAGGCGUUAUGUGGAGGAUGAUCUCGAGUAUACGCUGUGUGAAGGCGUUGACUGCAAGGAGAAAUACGGAAUGAACAGGUCCCUAUACGAUUCAAGUGAGAAGAGGUGCGUGUUUGAUAAGGCUCUAUGUCGGAGCUUCGAGGAGUCCCCCGACGAAUGCCUUCCUCCUCCAAGGGGAACGUUUGAGAAUGGGACCAUCAACUGCAAUCAUGGGGUGCCGAUCCGGAACGGCAGAUUGUGCAAGUGCGACGAAGGGUGGGAUAACUCUCCAGAUGAGUGGGGAGAACUUGGUAGUUGGUGCACCUUAGACUUAUAUAACCACCGAGCAGAACAGGUAUUGUACCCUCCUUCUCCCCCACAAUUCGAGUACGCCCUCCCGCCGGGAUCCCAAUCGCGUGCAAGGCCAGAGCUUAUCCUCUGGGUUGCGAUUCUGGCACCAUGUGCAAUUGUUCUGUGUGGUUGCCUUGGGUGCUGUUUAUGCUGCGCCUGUUUCUUCAGGAAGAUUUUUCGCGGGGCAGAUAAAAAAAACAAGGAGGGUGGAGAAGAAGAAGAAGAUAGCAAUGAGAUAGGAAAGAAAGGAGGGGGGGCAGGGAAGAAAGUUGGUCAAGAAGCAAGGAGUGGAGGCAAACAGACUGAAGGGGGAAAGGCAGGAGGAGUAGGAGGGGGUGGAAGAGGUGGCGGCGGCGAAGGAAGAAAAAAGAAAGGUGGUACGCGGAAAUCCAGGGCAAAAGGCAGCGCACAGGAGGAGUUGCUACGGUCUUUGACCCUCCGUCGCGCAACGGAGAAGAUAAACUUAGGCUUUUCGUACAAUCAUGGGUUCAAUAUGAUGACUAGCGGUCAACCUAGUCGCCUGAGCAGAGGUACUAUGUCUGGUGUGAAUGGCAUGGAGCAGCAGCAGCAGCAACUCCUAACUUCUCCAGGAGGAAGCUAUGGCUUGACGCCGGAUCCUUACUCUUCCCUAUCCUGGUAUAGCAACCCUCAGUUCGAUGUGGCACAGGAUGACCCGUACAUGCAGCAAAAACUCUGGGAGCAGGCCUUCACAUUUUCAGGGCAAGACCCAUUCUUAUGCUAUGACAAUAGAACGAACAUUCUCUUAGGGUUGAAUGAAAUGCCUUGGUCGGUGGACGAAAGUCCACCACCAGCAUUCCCACUUCAUCGUUUCUCCUCGUACCCGAUUCAACGGCCGACCGGACAAGGCGUAGAUGGUGUAGGUCCUCAGCCAUGGCAUGGUGGUAGUACUAAUGGUUCACCAGAGCCUGUUACAACACCUGAGCAAGAAGUAGGGGGUGAUCCUUCACAGGGAUCUCUUGCAGGUCCUCUUCCAGGCCGAACUGGUCAAGUUGGUGUGGAAAUGGUAGCUGAGCAGAAGGACCAUCCCCACAGUCCCGAAAAAGACUCGUUCCUCGUAAGUGGCAGUGCCCAACCUGAGCCACAGGCAACAUUCUCACGUCAACCUCAAUCAGAACUCUACCCUGCUGCAACAACCCCUGGCUAUGUCCCACAGACCUUGUCGACUGUUGCUAAGGUCUCAGCUGCACCAAGUGCUUCUAGUCAUAGCCCUGUACGUUCUCAGACUCCUGUUCCUUCUUCUUUACACACUCAAAAUCCUCCUAGCCUAAAGACACCACGCAACAUGCACCCCAUCCCCUCAUCCUCCUCUAGCGCCCUCUCAUCAUCUGGGUCAUCUCUGACUAUGCCCAUUCAAUCUCAGACUCAAGGUCGUGUUAUGCCGGCAACCCAGGGCUCUAUGGGGGUCUCCAGCGGAGGGGACGGUCACAAGGGGGGAGGACUGGGGGUGGGAGGAGAGAGGGGUGGGGGAAUACAUGCAUUCAGCAGAGGCCAUGAAAGGUUGAAAGGAAAGGAGCCCGACUGGGCCGACCACGAUACUCCCCCUUCCAGACGGCUUUGGGAGGAUUCACCCAAAUACAGCCAAGAAAAGCAAAGUCCUCAAAAGAAGCACCACCGUCAUGGGAAUGUCGAUGCUGCUGGCAUGCCACAUGAGGAUCACAAGGGAGGAGCAGAAUCUGGUGCGCAUCACAAUUCGAGAAGUCGGGAAGGGCCGACUCCCUUACAACUGCAGGACAAAAGGGAAGGAACUACCCACAAGUCCCCGCGCAAAGAGGUCAGGGAAGGAGGACCCGGAUAUGGUCCACAACACCAUCCGACUGCCAGGGAGAAGCCUACAGAAUCUGAUGCGCAUCACAAUUCGAGAAGCCGGGAAGGACCGACUCCCUUACAACAGCAGGACAAAAGGGAAGGAACUACCCACAAGUCCCCACGCAAGGAGGUCAGGGAAGGAGGACCCGGAUAUGGUCCACAAAAACGUCCGUCUGCUAGGGAGAAGCCUACACUCAGGCCACAGCAAAACCUCAAGGAAGGAAGUAAUCGGAAGAGGUACGAAGAGGACAGGAAAGGACCUGCAUCUGGUCCACAUCCACACCAGGAUUCUGCCGAUAAGGUCAGGGAAAGACCUGCUGUACGCAGACCACAUCAUGAACAUAGGGAGGGCGCUGAAAGUUCUACAAGACAACAUGACUCUAGGGAGGAGACUCCUAGUCCUCGCACACCAGAAACACGCCAUAAUGCAAAGGUGGGAUCUCCACCCCGGGAUGCUGCUCACAGGCUAAAGGAAGUCUCCAAGGGAAGAUCUGGUACCAAUCGGCAGUAGUACUCUGGGGCGAAGAAACACGCAUUGGCUACAAAAGGACUCUA